AUGUCAUGUCGACAAAUGUCGCGAGAAUAUUUUAAUGUUUGCGCUAUCAUAUCUACAACCAAAAGCUUGUGCACUUUAGAAAUUAUUAUUUCUGAAAAUGCACUGUAAAAAUGUAUUUAGUCGAAAAAUUGAUUUCAUUACAUUGAAUGUUGUACUAAAUUUUUGUCCCGUGUUCAACAUUAAAAUAUUUCUGCAUUAGCUGCAAGCUUACAAAUUUAAAAAUCAUUGAAAAUUUAAAGUUUAUAUCUCGUGUUUGCAAAAAUGAAUUGCAAAGAACCACCCAAGUCCGCAUAAUGUAAAUUUUAAAAUACCGGCUUCGACUAACUGCAAGCGUGUUCGGUUACGGUGUAUGUGUAUAUGCCAUCCACAGACAUAGUAGCUGUCUGUAUCGUCUGCUUCAUGUUCUUUGCGAUCACCGUGUGCAGCCAAACAUCAGCCGACGGCCGGUGAACAUUAAAUAAUUUUGACGGAGGCUUUCAUAAUUUAAGUAUUUCGAAUUUGAGUUAUUCCAGAGACCUCUAGAAUUGUCCAAUACAAAAAAUCUAUUUUUUUGUUUUGCAUUUCGUAUCGAAGCAGUUAUACAACGUGUCUAAGUUAAUGUUUAUCGCUCGAUAAGAAAUCAGCUUGAGCAAAAAUAAUCGCGUUAUUCGAUAAAUUGAUGCUGCACUUGCUACGCAGAGGCGAAGAUUCCCAUUCAAUCAAUUAGAGAGUAACCAAGUAGAUUAUAUUUCUUAAAAUUUUUCUGGUGUUUGCUCUGGCAGAAGUUUUGAAAUGGAAAAUAAUCGAGGCAAAGUUAUCAAGUGUAGAGCUGCUGUAGCUUGGGAAGCUAAGAAACCAUUAUCAUUAGAAACAAUCGAAGUUGAUCCACCUAAAUCCCAUGAAGUAAGGAUUAAAAUUAAUUCAGUUGCUCUGUGUCACACUGAUGCCUAUACCCUGAACGGUUUAGACCCUGAGGGAAUUUUCCCUUGCAUUUUGGGUCAUGAAGGUUCGGGUAUUGUUGAAAGUGUUGGAGCUGAUGUUACUGAAUUUAAAGAAGGUGAUCAUGUUAUCCCUCUCUAUAUCCCUCAAUGUCGAGAUUGUAAAUUCUGUAAAUCUCCCAAAACUAAUGUGUGCAGUAAAAUAAGACUAACGCAAGGCAAAGGUGUCAUGCCUGAUGGAACAAGUAGAUUCAGAUGCAAUGGUAAAACUCUUUAUCAUUUUAUGGGCUGCUCAACAUUUGCUGAAUAUACAGUAGUGGCUGAUAUAUCAUUGGCUAAGAUUGAUCCAUCAGCUCCAUUAGAUAAAGUAUGUUUAUUGGGUUGUGGUGUAUCAACAGGAUAUGGUGCUGCAUUAAAUACAGCAAAAGUAGAGCCUGGCAGUACUUGUGCUAUAUGGGGAUUAGGAGCAGUUGGAUUAGCUGUUGCUUAUGGUUGUAAAGUUGCUGGAGCUUCUCGCAUUAUUGGAAUUGAUCUUAAUCAAGACAAGGCUAAGAAAGCAAAAGAAUUUGGCUGUACUGAAUUCAUUAAUCCAAAGGAUUAUGAUAAACCAAUUCAAGAUGUAUUGAUUGAGAUGACCGAUGGAGGUUUAGAUUAUACUUUUGAAUGUGUUGGCAAUGUUCAUACAAUGAGAGCAGCUCUAGAGUCCUGCCAUAAAGGCUGGGGAGUAUCAACUAUUGUAGGUGUGGCUGCUGCAGGACAGGAAAUUAGUACUCGUCCAUUUCAAUUGGUUACUGGAAGAACUUGGAAAGGAACAGCUUUUGGAGGAUGGAAGUCAAAAGAUAGUGUCCCCCUUCUUGUUGAUCAGUACUUGAAUAAAAAACUAAUACUAGAUGAAUUCAUUACUCAUGUUAUGCCCUUUGACCAAAUCAAUGAAGGAUUUGAACUUCUUCAUUCAGGAAACUGUUUGAGAGCAGUGUUGCACUAUUGAAACAUGGCUUAAUAUUUUUGAAAAUCUGUUUAAUAUAUAUUUUUCGAAUUUCUCCCCGUUGGUCAAAACAGAACUUUUGUUAAUGAAAUAUUAUAGCUUUAAAGGAUUAUUGAUGUAAUCAAUAUUUAUAUUUAUAUGAAACAAAAAAUAAAUUCGAGUUGUUUGAAACAGC